AAUGUGUCUGUCUUGAACUGCAGUCGGACGAAUUUUCUUGAUGCGCAGCAGGCUAACUGGGGCUCUCAAUGUAAAUAUCUCUGAAAACUAAACAGUAAGGCGUCUACUUUAUCAUUCCCAGCAGUUUAUGCGCAUGAAACUUUCGAAAACAUAAGAGAAGAUGGCUCUGCGAGCUUGUGGGUUUAUAGUGUUUCGUCGCCUCGCCGGUCUCAACCCCCCUCCGGGGAAUAUCGAGUACCUCCUCUUGCAGACUUCCUAUGGGGAGCACCACUGGACCCCGCCCAAAGGUCACGUAGACCCAGGUGAGGAUGACCUCACCACGGCUCUAAGGGAGACCAAGGAGGAAGCAGGGUUGGGGGCGGAGCAUCUGAAGGUUAUAGACGGCUUCGUGCAGGAGCUGCGCUACGAGGUUCGUGGCAGACCCAAAGAGGUGCUGUACUGGCUGGCCGAGCUGAGAAACCCGGAGGCGGCGGUGACGCUGUCCGACGAGCACCAAGACUACCGCUGGGCCCAGCUGGAGGAGGCCUGCAGGCUGGCUGGGUACAAAGACCUGCAGGAGACACUGAGGGCCGCUCACAGACACUUGGAGGCUCAGCGGGACUAAAACUGAGGAAAGAUCAUUCAGAUAGUUUUUUUCCCCAGGGUUAAAGUUAAAUAUUCUUCUCCGUUUGUAUCUAUACAUUCUGCUCUUUAAUCUACUGAGAAGUGAAAAAGAAAUGAAUAAAUAUAAAAUGCAGUUUUCAAAUUAUUUCAUUUAUCUUUGAACAAAACGAACAUUUCAAAUGACCGGCAAUGAGUGUUUAACAUUAACUUUUCUUUCUUUUAAUAAGUGAAGCUAUCAUAAAAAAGUGUUUUUUAUGUUUACUGUUACAAUCAUCUCUUAAUAAUCUGGAACAAAAACUUAUAUGGCCUGAUCUGUAAUGGGCAGCGACUUCUUACAGUAAAUCUGGGUUGCCUUGGAGACACGUUUAUGUGUGUAUGUGAUAACAUACUUUAUGUACAGGUACUUCAUUGGUUUUAGUCACAUGAAGAUCCUUAAAUAAAAACAUUUUAAUGUAAAAACAAAACAAAAAACAAUAAAAAGUGCAUCGUCUAGGAAGAAGAAACUCAACACGGCCGGACUUUUAAGAAAAAAAAAAUUGGGCAUAUUUUAACAACGCCUUAUGCUCACCCUUUGUCAACUGUUAGAACACUUGACGGUUAAUAUUGGAGGUGGCAUUGACUCCAUUGUCAGUUGUAAACAUUUGAUUGUACCACAAGGGGGAGACAAACACAACGCCACGAUAUUUCACCUCGACAACUUGACGAAGUUGAUGUUGCACAGAAGAUAAGCAUGCAGCUUCAAUACUAUGAACAAACAACAUGUAAGAAAUAGUGGCCUUAUUGAAAGCAAGUGUGUUUUUAUUUCACAUAGGUGGUUGAUCUCAUCAAAAACAAUGUUUAUUUUUUGGUGGAAUGAGAAGGAAAAUAUUCUCAAGAUGCAACUGAUGAGGAUAGCCAUGACCUGAAUGACUGAAAAUCCACACUAAACAUGAGUGGAAAAAAAACAAAAAAACAUUGCGAUAGCAUUGAACCUGUUUACCAAUCUUGUUAUGAAACUGGGUUGUGUAAGCUAGGUCAUCAAUAUAUUUCUAUGUGUUUUCUGUAUUCGAAUCGGUGUGCCAGCUUCAAAUACAGGUUCCUACAAGUUUGUUUUUCAGUUAAUUUUCAAGCAUUUUCUCCAGCAUAUUUGAUCAUAUUCUGAUAUUUUUGGGACAGAAGAUUUACCUCACUUGUUUGUAUGAUCCUGUUCUAAAUAAGUUAUGAAACCACAACAUGCUGCUGUGUGGUAAAAGAAUCUGGACAAACUUGGAUCAGUUCCUCGUCAAAUGUAGAGUAAAGAAUUCUGGAGUAAUAUGUGUUCAGUUAAAAACCGAUUUAAAUCGGGUUUUAUGUGGGAUCAUUUUAUUCAUUUUGCAAAAUAUUUGGCAUUUAAAUCAGGCAAAGUGUUCCCUGCUAAUUGAAAACUAACGAUAAAAGAACAGCAUUUUAUUUUACAGACACGUUUUGUGUGCAAAAUAAAAGUUACAUGAAGAUUUUGGUGAAGUGAAAAUAAAUUUCUUAAUUGACACAUUUUCUUCUUCGAAUGUUCUUUAGCUGAUGGACAGCAUGAAAUAAAAGCUGUAAAAAUUAUUAGCCCUUGUGUGCUUUGGAGCCAUAAACCAACCAUAAAAGCCAAAAAAUUACAAACGUAGCAGAAAGAAGAGACAGCCACUGAUCAAAGACCAACUUUUAUUUAUUUUUUAAUGACUUUACAACUUGAACACAAUAAUUUUACUCUUGCAUACUUUUCCAACUUUAGCCUGAAGACCUACUUUCUUUAAAUGUUUUGUGUUUGAUGAUAUUUAGGCUCAGUGAGGGAUAGCAAAAUCAUUUUACAAUCAAACCCAACACUGAAGGGGAUUUGCAAAAACGGAAACCUUGUGUAAAAUUUGCACCCUUGUAAUAGAGGAAAAAAAAAUCUAAUAAAAUCAAACAUGGAUCAGCAUCAACAGGAUGGACAUUGUGGAUGGGUCCGUCUUUUACUGUAGAGUUUUUGGAGGGGAUUUGUUUACUCUUUAAAAAAAAGACAUACACACAUUAAUUUAAAAGAUUUCAGAUUUUGUGUGGGGCUAUGUGUAGGGAAUUUGGAGUUGUUUUUUAAUAAUAGCUCUUGCCUUCCUCCAUUCUACCUUAUAAAAACCAAGGCCAACAUUUAGUUUAUAACUGGGUGAUGCUGUCGCUCCUACCAGGCCUUAAUCCCAGAUCUGAAGCUUUGCCAGGAACUGACACUUGGCUCUAAAGCAGAUGUGGAAAUUUAUUUCGCAUCCUUGAGAAAACCGAUGCAGCUCUUUGGUACGUGUGGCAAAUAUACGAGCUACCGCACCAAGUUAGCUAGCUUAGCACAAGCGGGAAUCGGGGGAACAAUUAGCCUAAUUCUGUAGGUCAUGUCUCCUACAGAAUUAGGAGACAUUCUGUAGGAAUGUCUCCUACAGUGUAGUCGGAGUGUAGUCCAGCACAGACACCGAGUCCAAGUAAAAGCACAAGCUGUGUUGUUAUUUCCCCAAAGGUACUCAUUAGUACCUCUUGUUACUACUGGCCAGACUUGUUUUUUUUUUUUUUUUUUCUAUAAGUGCUAAAUAAGCUAACCCGCAACCAGCUACAGCUAAAUACACGGGGUUUCCCCCAUUUUCUUUUGCUACGGUUACUUGGAAUUAGGUUUUAAAGUUUGGACGCUAGAAGUUGAUUAUUCAUUAUUUUGUUACUUCUUGGACUUCACUAGUGUGUUUUUCAGUGGAUUGAGAGGAUUUUUCCAGGAAGUGGUAACUUUAAUCCUAGGUACAUUCAGCUGUACUGUUUAGCACUUUUACUAAUAUAUGAGCACAUUGUCAUGUUGUAAGGAGGCACAGGAAAGCUCUGUGGGUUUGUAUAGGUUGUGGAUCAUAAUGCAGGAACGUCUAGCUUCUAGGUUUUAUACAAUUAAUAUCAGACCUGCAAAUCCAGACAGUCGUUUUCCUUUUUAAAAAAAAUAAUUAAACUCAGCAGCAAAACCUCAGAAUCACUGAUAAGCCAAUACAUUUCAACCCUUUACUCCACACUGAAUGUGAUGAAGACAGUCUGAUGAAUGAACAAUAGUAAUUUUUAAUUUUUUUGCUGGAUUCAAAACUACGAUCCGUCAAUGAAUUUGCAGCACGUUUUUCCGUUUUUUGGUAAAUGCAUGUUAGUUUAAAUUUUUCACUGAAAUUUACAUUUGAGUGGAUGUUAUAUCUGCGAGUUUAGAAAACGCAUCAAGAUUAAGAACCUUUUCAGACCUCAGUCAAAUUAACCUAGAGCGGUGCACUGUUGUUGAGUUUAAUAAUAAAUAAAUAAACUAAGCUAUAUGCUAUGAUGCAUAACUAGGGAUGAUAGUGGAAUAUCUUAUUUUUUAUGUUGGACUCAAAACUACAACUGACAUCAUAAUACCUGCACAGUUUUGUUUCUUUUUUAUGUUAUAGUUUGUUUGGGAAAAAACAAAACAAAAAACGUGGAAUCUGUCAAAAUUUCAAUUAGGAGAGCGGUCCUUAUAGAAAUCCAGAAGUUGUUAAGCCUUAUUGUUCCAUCUGUACCUAAUAACGCUUAGAAAUAAAAUAGAAAUAAAAAUUGGGAUUAGGCAGGUCUGAACAAAAAGAAAACUAGAAAUUAGUUUUGUCCAGUGAAAGCCUGACAGCUGCAUCUCUUAACUCUUUAGUGGAGAUGAUAUGACCCAGCAGUCCAAUUAAAGCCACUUAAAAUCACUCCUUAAACGUAAAAGUAAUCAAUUACUGCCUAAAAAAGGGAUCAGAAUGGCUAAGAUGAUUUUCACUUCGUAAUAUUAUAGCUGAUCUGUGCACAUCAUAACAUGUUGAGCAAUUUGUCUUGGAGAUAUACAAAGUUGGUGCUUUUAAAUCGUUAACAGGGGUUUAUGUUUGUGCAUGAUUGGGGUUGGGAGUGGGGGGCAGGGGGGCAAAAGAAGGCAAUAUUUAGUGACAACCAGAGAUCUGUAGGCAUCUUUCCGAAUCAUGUUGCAGGUCCAUUUCCAGAGUCUUCCUCACUUUCUGUGGUCCCCCCAAAGAACAGGACCAGGAGAAAAAGCUUUCACUCCUUCAGCUUCACAUUAAAAUCCAAUGGGUAUCCUAUAAUAAGUGUAGUCAAAAAAACAAAACAAAAAAAAAAACAAACAAAACAUGUAAAUCCUCAGCAUGCUUUUCAGAUGAGACCUCAUGUGGGGGUUUGUUUGUGUCCGUGGCGUAAAAAUCCAUCCGUUUGAAAUGAGCGCUCAACGGGACGAGAGACUCUCAGAGCGCAAAGAUUGUGUGAGAUUUGUGUGUUUUACGUCAGUCACGUUGUGCUGUUCAGCAUGUUCAAAAAGCUUAAUGCUAAGAAGGUCUGUUGUUUUUCUUAAUCCCUCAAAAUCUCCAGCUGAUCCAGGCUGGCAGAAAAGCAGGAAAUAAAAGACGAGUCCUCUCUCUCGAGCUGGAAGUUUCAUUCAUCGCUCAGGUGACGAGAGUCUUGACUGUAAUCCAAUGGAGGCGACGUUUGGGUGAAGAUAAAAAACUUGACAUCAUAAAGAACAAACAAAAAAAAAUGCUAAAAGUAAAUGCUCUCACACACAGGCGCGCACACACACACAAACAGGUAACAGGCAAUCAGUGUCUUAUUUAAAUGAUUUUUUUUUCUGUUCUUUUAACAGAAAUACAUUUUCAAUUCUAAUGAAGUAGCAUCAAAGCACAAGUUUGAGUCACACAGCAACUUUUUUUUUUUUUACUUCUUCUCAUCAACUGCAUCUCAAUGUCUGGCUUGUCUAAAGGACAAGUCCCUAAUAAUUCGGAGUAAUUCUGAUUCUCUUAACUAAGAGAGAAAAAAACUCGAUACAAAGCACCGAGAAAUGGACCGACUGCGACAUUCGGAGGUGUGUGAACACUCACAUCAUGUGUAUCGGAGGCUGACAGAGCGACAUGGUCUGGGAAUGAGCAAGAAAAGGACGUAGAGAUGAGUCGUUUGGUUCCGAGGAUCGUCAUUGACCAUCAUUUCUCUCUCAGGCCCUGAAGCUCGAAUGGUCGACAUAUGACAGAAAAAUUGAGUUACAGUACCUUGCAAAAAGUAUUUACCACCCCUAGAACCUCUUUUUUUUUUUUU